UUUAACUCAACAAGAAAAGUAAGAACUGAUUGUUCAACAGAAUAAUUGAAACUUGAUAAGGUUCUGUUUAAAAAUAAAUCUUUAGAAAUUACAUGUUUUUUCAUUUUCAUCUUCCACAACGUCGUCCUCCAUGGUCUCUACUGCUACAGCAACCAACCAAACAAGCAGCAGUACAUCUGCACCAGCAGAUAACAGCACAACUCCAUUAGUAUCUGCAACAACAGCACCAAGCACAACAAACAGCAGCAAUACUACCACAGCCUCCACAGCUACAGGCUGUGCAGGUCCACCUAAGCUGUGUUGCCCUGGUAGAAAAGACAGCUGUGGGAGGACGAGUUGUUUCUGUGAUGAGUACUGCGUGACUGCUCAUGACUGUUGUGUGGACUACAUAUCAACUUGCCCACAACCGAGCAACCAAACAAGCAGCAAUACAUCUGCACCAGCAGAUAACAGCACAACUCCAACAAACAGCAGCAAUAUUACCACAGUCUCCACAGCUACAGAUACCCAAACAGUGACUGUUCACCUUAAAGUUUCUGUUUUAUCCUAUAAUAACAAUGAAGGUGUGAUUUUAGAGGCUUUAUCCAGUUUUAUAUCUCAGACUCUUAUCGAGCAGAAUUGUGAGGACUGCACUGCAACAAUCAAAUCCAUCAAACUCACCCAAGGAAAGGUCUAAUUAGACCAAAAACAGGUCGAGUGCCAGUGAAACUGCAAUAAAUCAUCACAAAAAGAACAAGUAAAAAACUACAAGAACAGCAUUGUUUUGAAAAAGCAUAGUUGUAAAAAUACUGCAGUUUCGGUGAAUUGUUUUCACAGGGGACACAAACCCCAUUCUCCUGGGUGAACGUCUGCAGUUAGUUCGACCCAAGAGUUGGGAGAGAGCUGAAUAUCACAUAGAUGCAAGGAUGACACAUACACUAAAAAUACCCAGUGAAGGUUUUCUACCACGAGAAGGAACAUUACUGUACACAAGAAAAACAGAAAGAAUUAAUAGUGAUUUCCUUUUGCUCCAAACCUGAAGCUCCUAAAUAUAACUUGGCCUAAACAUGACCACUGGCAAUGGUGUCCAGUGUUCUUUUCCUCCAGCUUUUUGCUGUAUAUCAUAGAAAGUAUAACAAAAUAGUUCUUUACUGCACCCACAUUGUUCUGGGAUUUUGCAUUGUCUCAAAGAUCUGAUGUCCAGUUUUCAAGUUUAUUUGAGGAACUUUAUGAAGCCAGAAGGUACCAAACGUUACUCUGAAAUCUCACUUUUUUCAACAAAUCUUUUGACAAUUUAUCAGACUCGACUGUGUGUUUCACUGCCAAACACACUAUUGAUUCAAAGAUUCUGUUCUCACAGCUGUGCAUACACUGUUAGAUAAUAUUGAUAAUGCAUAUCAAUAAAUUGAUUAUUUAUCACUAUCUGAUACUGUCAGGAAAAAGCUCAAUGUGCAAUAAAUGAUAAUACAAAAUGUUGCUUUCACUUGCUCAUCAUGUAUAUCUGAAUACCAGUGCUUUGUUAGGUUUUCUAUUGAC